GUCAUGACGUCACGGUUUCCGGGUGAAGUCUAGCGGCGGCAGGGAAGAGCUGGCAAGUGGGCAGCUGGGUCCUUCGUCUUGCGCUCUGGCUGUCGCCCGAAGAAUUGAGCCGUCGGCGAGUUGGGGGAGAACUGUCCUUCGGCAUAGCGCAGGUUUCCAACACAAUGGAACCAGAGACAAACGCUUUCCAUGUGGAAUUCCCAAACUUCUCCGGAAGCAUCUUGCAGAAACUGAACCAGCAACGACAGCAGGGCCAGCUGUGCGACAUCACUGUGGUGGUUCAGGGCCACCGCUUCCGCGCUCACAAGGCGGUCUUGGCUGCCAGCUCUCCGUAUUUCUGUGACCAGGUCCUUCUCAAGAACAGCAUGCGGGUGAUCCUGCCGGACGUCAUGCACCCGCGGGUGUUUGAAAGCAUCCUGCAGUCGUGUUAUACGGGGAAACUGUUACUGCCUGCUGCCGAGAUUGUGGGCUUCCUUACGGCGGCCAGCUUCCUUCAGAUGUGGCACGUGGUGGACAAGUGCACUGAACUCCUCGAGGGGAACCCAUCAGUGUUGUGUCAGAAGUCCAGCCGCAGUAGUGAGCACCAGUCUCCCAGCAGCAGUUGCUAUAACCACGUGGGUGAAGGUGCCGAAUCUAAUGGGGGGCCACCAGACAUGACCAAGGCUCAGGAAGCCACUGACCCGAGAGAGACCAGAUUUCCUCUCCACACCAAUAAUCAGGGCCAUCUGCACAACACAUCCCCGGCAGAUCAAGACCACUUUGGCUCAGAAAUGACCAGCCAAGACGAGGAGGGGGGGACGAGUGACGGCGCCGAUUAUCCGUACUCAAGGCCGGUGUACAUUCAGCCCAGCAUCAUGUAUCACAAGAGAUGGGUCCACGUCAAGAGAGAGAGGUAUGAACAGGACGACUACGACGCCUUGACGGUGACCCCGGUGACCGAGGACCCCCAGAUCUCUGACUCGGAGCAGACCAUCAAGGGCGAGGUGGAGAGCAUGUCCUCCAACAUUGACAGCUGUAACGCUGACCCUGUUAAAGUGGGCGAAGAAUUUGAGGAGAAUCCAGUGGUCAACCACUCCUACGACGAGCAAGUGGACUUCUAUGGGGCGUCGAUGGAAGAGUUUGCCGGUGAACGAACCCAGGAACCCCUCGGCAGUCACACGGAGGACUUGGUCGCCCAGAGUAGCGGCGACAGCACGGAAAUCCUGGGUGACCUGCAAGAGGGGUCUCCGCACUCUGGCUUCUCGGCGGGGGUUUAUGAACUGUACCCCUGUCAGUGCGGCAAGAGCUUCACGCAUAAGAGCCAGCGGGACCGGCACAUGAGCAUGCACUUGGGACUGCGGCCGUACGGCUGCGGCGUGUGCGGUAAGAAGUUUAAAAUGAAGCACCACCUCGUCGGCCACAUGAAGAUCCACACCGGCAUUAAGCCGUACGAGUGCAACAUCUGCAGCAAGAGGUUCAUGUGGAGGGACAGCUUCCACCGCCACGUGUCCUCCUGCACCAAGGCCCACCAAGCCAAGAAUGCCGAGCUUGUGGAGGACGUCUCCUGAAAAUUGAACUCUUUGGGGGGGGGGCCCCCUCUCUAUGUGUGCGCAGAUGAAACUUUUUUGUCAUUUGUCAUUUGUCUGAAACGUGGAAUUAUCUGUGGGUCAUUCGGGACCCACUAAGCUUUGGGGGAAACUGGACAUCCCCAGCGGUGACCGAAAUACUCCCACAUUUGUGACCGCCCAGUGUUUCAGUGUGAAAUCGGUAAGGAGGAUCGGCCGUUCGUCUGCCAGGACGCCCCCCCGUGAAUGAGCCACGGCGUGCAGGUGCUGUGGAACUUGAGGAACGGAGAGGGCCGGGAAAGCCCACCCACAUUGGCGGGGAAUGGGCAUCCUCCACCCGCCCUGUCUCCGUUUUACAUCCCCCAUGUGCCAGUCACGUGCUCCGAAAUGAUUCUGUGGACGUCAUUUCUGAAACGGGUAAGGACUUUUUGGCUCAGACGGCGUGGUGGAGGCGCGUGGCACAAAGGCCAGAAGUGGAGACCCUCACCACGGGACAAAUACUUGAAGACUGGGGCUACUUGGUGCCAGCCUGUUGUUGUGCUGUUUCUCUUUUUUUUUUUUGUCUGGGUGUAUUUAAAUGUUAUUAUUAUAAGAAAAAUGGAAUUAAGAAAAGUGGCAAAAGGAGUACGGCGCGGUGUGAAAAUACUUGAAGUGAUCCCGACCUUUGAGCUCUUCAAGUGCCACAGAGCAUCCCAAAAUGGGUGGCUUUCUGGAAGACAUUUAUUUAAGGAAACCACGAUGAGAUUAUAUAAAUAGAUAGAUUUCUAUAUAUAUA